GGGGGUUGUUUCUUCCGAGGGUGGUUGCUUAAUAAAGUUGAAGGUGUGUUUCUAGAAACAAAACAGCUCCAAGUUCCUGCCUGUAGCUUGGAAACUUGAACAGUAAACCAGGAAAAGUGUGCAGGCUGGCUGGGCUGAGAUCCCUGUUUGUCAGGAUGGUUGCCACUAGCACUUUAAACAAUAAAAACUCUGUCUGUAUCUCUGAGCUGAUACAGCAAAGCUUUCAACAUGCAGCCUUAACUGACUUUGACUACUGGGAUUAUGUUGUGCCAGAACCCAACUUUAAUGAGAUGGUGUUUGAGGAACGGACGUGUCAGAGUAUAGUUAGAAUUUUGGAGAGUUGCCUGUCAAAAUCAAAGCAGACCAAACUUCACUGUUCCAAGGUCCUAGUCCCUGAGAAACUCACCCGGAGGAUAGCACAGGACAUCUUGCGUCUCUCUUCCACUGAGCCCUGUGGCAUUCGAGGCUGUGUUAUCCAUGUCAACUUAGAAACUGGAAACAUAUGUAAAAAGCUGGAUAAGAUUGUCUAUGACCCUACUGUUGUUCCUACUUUUGAACUGACGCUAGUGUUCAAGCAGGACAGCAAUUCUUGGCCUAGUUUCAAAUAUUUUUUCCCUAGAACUUGCUUUACAGGUGGUGGCAAACGCACCCUGAUCCUGAGUCCUGGGUUUCGGUUAAUUAAGAAAAAAUUGUAUUCUUUGAUUGGGACGGUUGUCGAAGAAUGCUAGGAACACCUCUCUAAAAACCAGCAACCUUUUAGAUAUUUGAGCCUACAGGCUUUGGGAAGCAUGACACUCGAUACCUCAGUUUAAAACAACAACAACUCUGGAUUGCCCGUGUGCCAGGCAGCCAUAGAUCCCUCUGGGCUGGCAAAAGUCUCAGUGCAGCUAGGUGGUUACUGGGCAGAACAAGGAGUACAGUUUAUUGGUAUACUUGAAACAUUCCUUAAUUGGUUAGCAGCAACUUGGCAGGUAUGCAAAGGAAUCUGCCUCUUGCUAGCAGUUGACCUCAAUGCUACCUGCAGCCUUUGGUCUCGGUGGCUGUUUUUUGUGUUUUUUGAAGCUGACAAGGAAUCUACAGAGCUUACUGGUUUGCUAAGCUUCAAGAAGGAUAGAGAAAAUUAACCCUAAGAUUAAAACAACAGUGUUUUCUCCUAAUAUGCGGGAAAGGAUUACUUUGCAAAUACCAAAGCUGUGGGAAGAUGCUGGUAGCAGUUUAUGGUAGCACCAAGAAGAACAGGGAUGGAAGAAGCAAGUCCAUGGAAGAAGAUUCUAAUUAGUGCGAGGGACUGAAGUUAGCUUUGCUUCUCUGUAGCAGUGGUUGCUUUUCCAUACACGCUGAUCUGGUCAGACUUCACACCCUUUCCCAUGAACUUGGUAAAAAUCUGGCGUGCCAAUAAGGAGUCUUCCUAAGGAAGUGGGUUAGAGAAGACCAGUUCUCCCAAAGUGUCUUGAAACUAUGUUACAAUUGCACUACAAUUCAACAGUAUGUAUUUUAAUGUUUGAAAAUGUGAUGGCUUGUGUUCUUACUUUUCACGUGCCAAAGUGUAAAUGUGCAUCUGAGUAUAACAUGUUAGUUUACUAUGGGCUGAAUCCCCUUCUGUCAAGUUCUCCUUCUAGGAAGACUUAGAAAUCAUAGGACCCAACCUUUUUCAUUUUGCUGCAGAAAUAUUGGUUACUCUUGCAUGGGAAAACCCCAACUACCUCAAGUCCAUUUUUGAAAACAAAUGUUACCCUACUAAAUGGUUUUCUUUUCUUCUAGUUUCCCUUGCUCUCUGUUUAAGAAACAUUUUGCAUAAUACUGUUUUCUUCCGUGGGGAUGAUGGUCUUUAGCAUAAUGAGUGGUGAAAUAUUCUCAGCACCAUAGACUGUCAGCUUUGCAGAUGGUUUGGAAAUAUUUUUGCGACCCUGCAGUGGUGACUUCGCAAAAGAUAUGAGUUUUGUCUGUAACUUGGUUCUGUUUUCAGUGGCUGAUUUAAUCAGCUCUGUCCCAUUACCUUUUACCUCAGCCAAGAAACACUAAAGAAAAACUGCAUAGCCAAAAGUCAGAGAAUAUUAAAUGAGUAUGUGACUUACUACAGGUUCUUCUGCUCUGUCCACUCACCUGUCUGCAGCACAGUCAUGGCGCCAGUACGGUCAACCUAACCUUUGUCACCUGUGGAGCAAGGUCUUUAUGUAAGGUUCUUCAUGCCAGCUUGUCCCCAUUCUCAUUCAUGCUCUCCCAGUUCUAGGCUAAAGCAGGAAGGUUCCUUGGUACAACCUGUGAAAGAUUUCUUCUCAAGUACACUGGGGUGUGGAAUCCAGUUCUUCUGCUGACCUCUCUUGCCUGGGCUUUGAUUCUCUGGUGAUUCCUGACCUGUAAACAUCCACACUCUGAAAGCUUACAAAGGUAGCCAGUGUCCAUUGUGGUGUGCUAAGAUCUUCCUUGGCUCUGGAAUCCUAUCCUUUAGAGCCUGCGUUCAGCUGUAAGGUUUGCCUAAUCCAUCUUUAACCGUAAGUGGGUUGUGUGUGUGCGUGUGUGUGCAUGUUUCUGUUUUCCAGAAGAGAAACCUGUUAGCAAGUUAUGUUUCCUCAGUUAGGAAAGUACUUUUGGGGGACCAGAUGCUAAAUGGAAUAGUGCAGAAACAGGGCUUAUAGAGGAGAGAUUUCAGUAGCAGCAUGGCUUGUUUUAUGCAUUUGGGCUACUUUUAUCUGGCCAUGUGCAAACACAGUGAGAUUCCUAAGCUUUCUGCUGGUGACAGUUCUAGUUCCCAACCAUCUGUUCGUGGUGAUGUCAGGGAGAAACUGAUUUGGACUUACACAGAUAUUUCAGAUCUGCUGCCCUGUGCUGCGAGUGUUAUCAACUUGUAGAAUUUAUGAGACAAAUAUAAAUGGGAAGGUCACAGAGACUGACUUAUGUCCCCAACUCUCAGUUGCAAGUAAAUCGCUUGUGUAGCUGUUUCAAACUGAUACGCUGCCCUACUCCAAGCUACUGACUUUCUGAACAAUUGGUAUUGGACCAUUGUGAACUGGUGUUGUUGCACUUUUUGCUUUUAAGCUUCUGGUGUCAAAAUAUCACCGUGUGUAUAUAUGUCUGUGUUCUGAAUUUGCACUGAUACUGCCUGGACUCAUGCGUUGUUAAUGGUUCAUGCCUUGCCUUGGUGCGCUCUUACUAAGUGACUAGUGUUGAUCUUAGAAUCAAUGGUUUUUAUUAAAGUCUGUAAAUAAAGGAAUAUUUUAACUUCUCA